UGGAAACUCCUGCAGUCUGCUGAGAAUUUUUCAUGAGUGACAGGAUCCUCAGGCUGGACAGUUUUGACGGCGAGGUCAAGUGUAGUGGGAUCAUAUCAAGUCUGCAGCCUUGGAAACCAUGUAGCGAUGCUGGAUCACUUUUAUUUGUGUUCAUUUGUAUCUUUUUUCACAAGUUUUUGGAGGCGUAAACGAUGGAAUUUGAGGCAAGACGUCGCAAUGGAGGAGUCCUCUUUCACUGAAGCCCGAGAAUGUGUUUGUGAUGGUGGACAGACUGGGGCCAGCCAUGGAGCCUGAGCUGAACUGCAGCUCUGUGUGUGAUUCCCCACUUUGCCUCAUCCAGGCUGGACUCAGUAGGCAGGAAGGCCAGGACGUCCUACGGAGACUAUGCAUCCUAAACUCGUUGGCAGCAGAGGUCCCAAGGCGGUCCCUGUCUCCUGCGCUCAGAGCGGUUGUCUGGACAAUGCUAUCAUCUGGCAUCCUGUUGGCGUUCUGCUUUCUGGUUUUCACCCUGCGCUUCAAAAACAACAGGAUAGUGAAGAUGUCCAGUCCCAACCUAAACGUUCUGACUCUCCUUGGAAGUGUCCUCACAUAUAUCAGCGGCUUUCUAUUUGCAAUGGAUAAGCGAGCUCACGCACAAGCUGAAGUGUCUAUUACUUUGCUUCAAGCUCGGAUGUGGAUGCUUUGCGUUGGAAGCACCCUGGUCUUUGGGCCAAUUUUGGGAAAGACCUGGAGGCUCUACAGAGUUUUCACUCAGCGAGUUCCUGACAAGAGAGUGAUCAUUCGAGACAUCCAGCUGAUUGGCAUGGUGGUUCUGCUGAUUCUACUGGAGAUUCUGAUUCUCACCACCUGGAAUCUCACAGACCCGGUGAGAUGCUCGCAAUCUGUCAGAGCUGUUGCCAAGGCGACUGAGAGAGACACCUCCUACUCUUUGUCACAGCUGGACUCUUGCUCCUCAGAAUACUCAGAUAUUUGGCUCAUCAUCAUUGCUGUUCAGAAAGGUUGCCUCCUCCUUUAUGGCACAUACUUGGCUGGACUCACCAGCAACGUCAGCCACCCUCCAGUCAACCAGUCUCCCACCAUCAUAACGGCCGUCACUCUGGUCACCUUUUCCUCUGCUGUGGCCUUUCCUGUGUUCUUCUUCCUGCACGCCUGGCCCAACCUGGUCUACAGCACCGUGGCUGGAGCCAUCUUCAUCUGCACACUGGCCACUAACUGCAUGCUGUUUGUGCCACAGCUGACCCAAUGGCGACAGUUUGAGGAGGAUCAGAACAACCCGAGUCAGAUGGCCAAAUAUUUCAGCAGCCCCAGUAAGAGUCAGCCAUCUGUCUACAGCCAGGACGAGAUCUACUUCCUGCUGGGGGAGAACAGCUCAAUGAAAAAGCUCUUGAAUGAGAAGAAUGCUGCAAUUGACAGUCUUCAAGAGCAGGUAAACAACGCCAAGGAUAAACUCCUGAGGCUCAUGACAGCAAGCCAGCCCCUGGGGGACCAGGACGUUGAUUCCUCUGCUGCUUAUCUCAACUCAUCCUCUACCCAGACCACUGAGCUUCAGUCUGAAGGAAGCUCCUCUUCCUGUUUAUCCCAGGGAGACGCAAAAUCCAGACUUUUGCCUCCUCCAGCCCUUCAUAAUCUCACUCUACCUCCUGAUCCCUCAAAUGCACUCCGGAUACCUUCCAGUCAAAACUCAAUGGACCUCCAUCCUGCUUCUUCCCCCUUCACUGAUGACAUCCUGAGUGGGAGCCGGAAAGAUGUCCCCAACUCUGCAACUAGAGAGACAGCUCAAUCCACAGUGAGAGGGAAUGCCAAGCAACCUCUGUCCCCCACAUUUCCAGGAAGGACAGCGGAGGAGGCUGUUCAUUUUGUCACCUCUCUUCAAAACCGCAGACGACUGAAUUCCUCUCGGGUUGAACAAUUUGCCAGUCAUGGUGGCCUGCCAAUGCAGGUGGGACCAAAUCCCAAACUGACUGGUUUCGUCAGCAGCGAGAAGCUGCAAGAGAUCAUCCAGGAGCUGAGCAUGGACGCAGUCCUAGAGACAGCGCUUCGAUUUCCAGGUCAGGCGUCUAAGACGUCGUCUCAACCGAGACUGAACACGUUGUCCCCUCUGUCCCUCUGUUCCUCUCAUUCCCUCUUCCAAUACCCCAGCGUCUCUCCGCAUGCCAUGAGAAAACGUCGGCCUCCCUUCCACCCCUCCAGGAGAGCUUUGUCCUCGUCCUGCUUCUACACAGGCUCAGAUGUUCCCAUUUGUGAAUUGAAAAGGGACACCUGUGAACACCAAAACCCAGAUGAGACACAUUUUCGUGCUGAUUGCAGCGUCACCGACUUAGACAAGUCAGUAGAGGAGAAAGAGGGCGAUAAAGAGGAACAGGAGGAAGCGAAAAACUGUCAAAGACAUGCUUCGCGGUCUCACAAUUGCCCACUCUGGCGUUGCGCUAGACAGAACUGUUCACCUGAGCACGGUGCGGGAGAAGACGACAGUGGCAAGCAACGCCAUCGAUGCAUCAGAGACUCGAGUGGAUACUGGGACUCAGACUCCAGCAGCUCCACGGAUUACUGCUACUACCAUCGUCCUUACUGUGAUUCCUGCCUGCAGAGGGGCUCCUUCCUGUCCUCAGACAGCUCCUCGGACUCGUCUGACAGCGAGUACGAGGACUACACCAACCUCUGUCGCCCCCCGCGGCCCGUUGUGUUUAAAGAUGACCUCAAACCUACUUUAGUAUGACAAAAUGUUUACUGCACUUUAUGUGUUAUUUAAUUAUUUCCACCACUUGAACUUACUGUGAAGAAUCAUUUGCUUUCUUACACAUUUCUUUUGUUUGUUUCACUGAAACGUUUCAGAUAAUUAAACCCAUUCUAACUCUAGAAUAAACA